UUUUUUCUUUACUUCCAAAACCUGUUUCAAUGGGCAAGAAGAACAAGGAAAAGACGCCCGGCGACGACCGCAAGGUGACGAGCGCGGUGGUGGAAGGCCUGAAGAAGCUGUACAAGUCCAAGGUGCUGCCGCUGGAGCAGCUGUACAAGUUUGCCGACUUCCACUCGCCAUACAUGCUCGACUCUGACUUUGACGCGCGGCCGAUGGUCCUCAUGCUCGGCCAGUACUCGACCGGCAAAACCACCUUCAUCCGAUACCUCGUCGAGCGCGACUUUCCGGGCAUGCACAUUGGCCCAGAACCAACCACCGAUCGCUUCUGCGCCAUUCAGUAUGGCAACGAAGAACGCGUGACGCCCGGCAACGCAUUGGCCGUGCAGGCAGACAAACCAUUCCGUGGCCUGACCAAGUUCGGCACGGCCUUCCUCAGCAAAUUCCAGGGCGCGGAAACGCCAGCGCCGAUUCUCGAGGAGCUGACCAUCAUUGACACGCCCGGUGUCUUGUCGGGUGAGAAGCAACGUCUCGGUCGCUCGUACGACUUUGUGCAGGUCACCGAGUGGUUUGCGGAAAAGUGCGACUUGAUUCUGCUGCUCUUUGAUGCCCACAAGUUGGAUAUUAGCGACGAAUUCAAGCGUGUGAUUACGUCGCUCAAGGGCCACGACGACAAAAUCCGACUGGUGUUGAAUAAGGCAGACAUGAUUACCGGCCAGCAGCUCAUGCGCGUGUACGGCGCGCUCAUGUGGUCGCUCGGCAAGGUCAUCCAGACGCCCGAGGUCAUGCGCGUGUACAUUGGCUCGUUCUGGGACCAGCCUCUGCACAACGACGAAAAUAAGCGGCUGUUUGACGCCGAGCAGCGCGAUCUGCUCAGCGACCUGCGCGCACUGCCCCGCAACUCUGCAGUACGAAAAAUCAACGAACUGGUCAAGCGCGCUCGCUUGGCCAAGGUGCACGCCCUCAUCAUCUCCCACCUCAAGAACGAGAUGCCGGCCAUGUUUGGCAAGUCUGCCAAGCAAGCCGAGCUCAUUGCCAACCUCGAAGAAGAGUGCGUCAAAAUCCAGCGCCAGCACGGCAUUCCGCCAGGAGACUUCCCCGACCUCAACCGCAUGAAGGAGUUGCUGUCGGUGCACGAUUUUGGCAAGUUCCCCAAGCUCGACAAGCGAAUCAUCGAGUCCAUGGACGAGGUUUUGGCCAACGAUAUUCCCGCACUCAUGCGCAAGUUCCCGCAGGACACUGCCACCAAGGCCGAGCAGCUCCUCGGCGAGCUCGGCGAGGCCAACCCUUUCGCCCUCGCCAACGCCAAUCCGUUCGCCACCGUCAAGUUCCUCGUCGACCAGAUUGACGAAAACUCGCGCGCCAAGUUCUACGGCAUCUUUGAAUCGCUCAAGCCCGUCGACGGCAAAAUUGACGGCAACCAAGCCAAGAGUGUCUUGGUCGAGUCCAAGCUGCCACGCGAUGUCCUUGGCAAGAUUUGGGUUCUCGCCGACGUCGACAAGGACGGCAAGCUCGACUGUGAAGAGUUUGCCCUUGCCAUGCACUUUGUUCACGUUCGAUUGGCCGACGAGCCUCUUCCCGCUGUGCUGCCACGAUCGCUUUAUCCACCAAAGUUGCUUGCACAGAUGGCAUCCGAGGCGCACUAAAAACACAAGGCGGGGGUUUUUUUUUCGGCAGCGCUUCCGUUUUGGACUUGCGUUGUGUUGUCGGAUCUCUGGUGUCUGCUUGAUGCAUUUUUUUUUCGUGUGUGUGUGUGUGUGUGUUUGUUUCAAGUUUUUUUGUUUGUUGGUUUGUUUGACAUUGUUCGUUCCCGAUUUGUUUGGGGCGAUCGUGUGUGUUGUGAUGAUCACGGUGAAUGGGUGUUUGCAUUUUUUUUUUUUUUUCCGUUUGUUGUCUCGUUUGCCAUUUCUUCUUCUUCUUCUUUUUGUUUGGUUUUUAAUUGUCAUCGUGACUAGUAAACGUUGACAAGGCUGCAUGUUUGCCGCUCCACACUG